AGCCGUCGGCCAAAAGAAAGACUCGUGAUCCGGACGCGGCUUUCCGCACAACACUAUGAUGGCCAACUUUGGGCAUUGCCGCUUUUGCACGGAGAACCCCUUCAAUGUGCUCUUCGGCAAGAAGCCCGAGGACAAGGACAGAACCCGGCCGGUGCCCAAGACAAAGGCAUCUCGGAGGAACGAGAAGAAUUUCAACAAAAGGAGCGAGGAGGAGGUGCAGGAGAUGAUCAAGAGCUGGGACAAGUACGUCCACGACCGCGCCAGGGACUUCUUCGCCGGUACGGAGCAGCUUCACCAGGUUCUGGGCCAAUUGGCCCAAGGAACCGACAAGAACGCGGAUCCUGUCAUGGGCAACGCCGAGGAGUGUGUGUAUUGGUAUGGAGAUGUGACCAAGGACGAGCGGCAGGCCGCCAUUCGCAUGAUCAAGCCUGGCGAGCAGCAGGAGUCCAUUACCUACGUGAACCGAGUGCUCGCCUUCAUGUUUGCCACCGACGAUUCUUUUGAAAAGCUCAUGCAGCUACCCAAGGAGCCGUUCAGGAUGACCUGUGGGGAUCAGCUUUGCGUGCACUUGGCCCACAUUUCGGUGGCAACUUGCUGAGCCUCCGCUAGAUGCUGCAGAGCCCUGAGGGUCCCCAGGGGUAGUGGAAUUGAUGGGUCCACCUCUUGCAGUUGGGUGAAGAAAGGUGUGCACAAACUGUGUCAGGUCCCUUGUGGCUGGAGGGCGGCUAGAUGAAGCCAGCCAUGAGGCAGUUUCCAGUUGCAGCAUGCUCCGCUGGAAGCCGUUGGUAGCUUCUUAUGGGAGAUGCAUUGGGUUUGUUGCGGAGCCUGGCAGCUGCAAGCCUGUGGCGAGGCUCUUGACCUUUGCCCCCAGUAACUCGAUGACGUUUGCCCAAUCAGAGGCUUACACAGUCAUCGGCUCGCCGAGCCAUGUGGAAAGGCUUCA